AUGAUAUUCUCCUCAUCUCUUUGGCAUUUCUGCAUUCUUUCUCUUUUGCUCUCUUAUGGUGUUCUUCAGACUUCCGAACUGACUUCAGCACAUCAUUACCGAACUGGCUAUCAUUUCCAGCCCCGAAGGAACUGGAUGAAUGAUCCAAAUGGGCCACUGAUUUACAAGGGAAUUUACCAUCUUUUCUAUCAAUACAAUCCCAGGGGUACCGGUGCAGGUUAUCGCCAUAUUGUUUGGGCACAUUCUACAUCAACUGAUCUUAUUAAUUGGAUCCCGCAUAAUGAUGCUAUUUACCCAUCAGAGACGUUUGAUAUCAAUGGUUGUUGGUCGGGGUCAGUUACAAUCCUUCCCGGCGGUAAGCCGGCCAUUUUUUAUACCGGAGUCAACUCCCAAAACGAGCAAGCUCAAAACUUGGCCUUCCCCAGAAACCUCUCAGACCCAUUCCUUAAGGAAUGGGUUAAGAUCCCACAAAACCCGUUAAUUAGCGCAACCCCAGCUAAUCAUAUAAAUGCAUCCUCAUUUAGGGACCCAAGUACUGCUUGGUUAGGACCCGAUCAUAGAUGGAGAUUAAUCGUUGGUAGCCGAAAGGGCAAAACAGGCUUAGCUAUCUUAUAUAGAAGCAGAGAUUUCCUCAAAUGGACCAAGGCAAAGCAUCCACUUCAUUCCACAAAGGAAAAUGGAAUGUGGGAAUGCCCUGAUUUUUUCCCAGUGUCAAAGACUAAGUUGCUCGGUCUUGACACAUCUGCAACUGGUCCGAAUGUUAAGCAUGUGUUCAAAGUAAGCUUGGACAAUACUAAGAAAGAGUACUACACAACUGGGACAUAUAAUGUGGAAAAGGAUAUCUAUAUCCCAGAUAAGGGAUCUGUUGAGAGUGAUAAUUCUGGCUUGAGAUAUGAUUAUGGGAAGUUUUAUGCUUCAAAAACCUUUUUUGACAGUGCAAAGAACCGCAGAAUCUUGUGGGGUUGGAUCAAUGAGUCCUCAAGUGUUAAAGGUGACAUCAACAAAGGAUGGUCUGGACUCCAGGCAGUUCCAAGGACCGUUUUGCUUGAUAAGUCUGGAAAAGAAUUGGUGCAAUGGCCCAUUGUAGAACUUGAAAAGUUGAGAACGAAGCAUGUCAAGUUGCCCAACAUUGUGCUCAAGGAAGGAUCACUCCAUAGAGUACUCGGUGUUACACCAGCACAAGCUGUUGUAGAAAUCACAUUUGAGAUUAGUGAUUUGAAGAAAGCAGAAGUGUUUGAUCCAAGUUGGACUGAUCCUCAAACUUUGUGUAGUAAAAAAGGUGCUUCAGUUAAAGGUGGUCUUGGACCAUUUGGUUUACUGGUUUUGGCUUCAAAGGGAUUGAAAGAAAAUACAGCAGUAUUCUAUAGGAUAUUCAAAUCUCAGAACAACAAGUACAAAUAUGUAGUGCUCAUGUGUAGCGACCAAAGCAGGUCGUCCUUGAAUCAAGAUAAUGAUAUGAUCACAUAUGGGACUUUUGUAAAUGUGGAUCCAGUUCAUGAAAAGCUAUCCCUAAGAAGCUUAAUCGAUCAUUCGAUAGUGGAAAGUUUUGGAGGACUAGGCAAGGCAUGUAUAACUGCAAGAGUUUAUCCUAAAUUGACUGUUGAUGGUGAUACCCGAUUAUAUAUUUUCAAUUAUGGAAAUGAGAGUGUCGAAAUUACAGGAGAUGUAUGGAGCAUGAAAACUGCUAAAAUGAAUUGAUUAAUACGAAGUGUACGUAAUGGAAAGUGAGCACUAGGGGGAGGGGGAGAAGAAGA